AUGCCAAGGCUCGAAAUACAAGACCCAUUCUCGUCCGAAAUUGUUAUAUGGGACAAUCCACAACUAGACACGUCGCCAGUGUUGAACGAAUGCAAGAUUAAGAAAUGCCCCGACCGCCUAAUGGAACAUAUCCAAAUGCCAUUCACAUGCAGCUAUCAGUUGCCCAUACCUGAAGGAUGCCUGAACGUGUAUGGGGAUUUUGAUUUGACAAACUUCCAUGAAUCAUUUGAUCAAGUCGAAUCUAUUAUCGGUACAAUGACGCUGAGCUCAAGCAACUUGACAUCGUUUCCAAAGCUGAAAAAUCUUCGUGCAAUACGACAACGGAAUGACGGUCCUGUUAUCAUAAUAGAGAAUAAUCCCGAACUUCGUGACGUGAAAGCGUUAUAUUCUCUGGACGUGUACACUAGAAAUGCUGACAAUGCGGUUCAUGUGGCAAACAAUACAAACCUCUGCAUCAACUUCACAGACUUGGACCAGAAAUUUCCUUUGCAUUAUCUGGGAUAUGUUGAUCGAUGUAUGAUCAUGACCUCUUUUGUCCUGUUUGUCAACAGCAUUCACACUGAUGAAGAAACUGUGGAACAUACGAUCGACUACCGAGUUGAUUACUCCGUCGAAGAACCUCCUUUAGACGCAGUCCCAUCAUCGGAGACUGGCGAUAGUGAACAAAUCGCUGAGUUUGAACCAGCUGAAUCUGCAGACGAAUCCGAAUGGCACUCAAACUUGAUCGAAGAUCCUGAUUCAAGAGAACUUUCACCCGGGACUACUGACCAUGAUGAAACAGCUGAGUUUGAACCAACUAAACCUGCAAACAAAUUCAUUGAAUACCAAUUUACAGAUGGUAGUAGAAUAGCCCCAUGUUUACUGUCAAUAUGUAUAUUAGCGAUUAGUUUUAUGAUAAACUUUAUUUAA